CUGAAAGUGCUGCUGCUUUUCCUUUUCCUCCUGUUGCGACCAGGGAAGCGCUCUUCCCGUUAGCGACAGAGAGCACACCAUUGGCUGUCCCGACUGCCGAGGCUGGCAGGCAGUGGCGACAGGGAAGGACCGGACUGACGGACCUUUUGGAGGAAAUACCGAGAGAACUCCAGCAGAACUCGGACGGAAACGAAGGGAAUAUAAAGUGUGUGCUGUUUGGGUCCACCAAACGGAUCAAAAAACAUCGCUGACGUUCAAUGUUAGCUUGAAGUUUUCGGGUCGAGCAGUGAUGUGGUGACGCGACUCCACCGAAUCGACGGGAAGCUAACAUUAGCUAUUGCGCUAACGUCACUUGAUAGAUUAAUUAUUUCAACAGAGCUUUGCAGACCUAUUUCAAGAUUUUUAAAACUCGUUUUAAUAUUUUUCGAUAAUGUAAGAUAAAUAGCCAUGAGAUGUUGUAUCAUGCUGUCUACUUUUAUAUGGAAUAGAGCGUGUCCUUAGACGUUAUCUUAGCUAAGUUAGUAUAUCAAACUAGCAAGCGUUAGCUACCUAGCUGGCUAGUAGCUAACGUUGGCUAGCUGACGACUUUAAACUGACUUCAAGCCAAAGAAUUCUGCUUCAAAUUAGCUAACGCUAGCAGGGUUACAACUGUUUCCACGUCACCUAACUGUAUCACCACGUCUCAACCUGUUGUGACAUUUUAUUAUCGGCUAGUUAAACUUUAUUUUCGAGGAAGGACGCUUGUUUUGAAAAGCAAAGAUAGACCCUUUACUUCCAAAUCUAGAUAUGCAAUCAUCGAACCACCAGCGUACUUAAUGCUAGCUUGCUAACGUUGAGUUAGCCGUCCAAACUUGGAGCACUGCCCCCUGCUCACUUGAUGUGGGUUUCGCUUCGAGGCCUUCAGGAAAUUAUCCCUCUCUUUUUCUUUUUACGGAGAAGACUCUUUCCACAGCCUUAAUGAAUCCCAGCCUCUGAAUGGAGUUUAUAUUCUAAAUUACUCUGGAUAUUUGUGAAGUUUGACAAGGUUGUAACACACAAUUGGAGUACCUGGACUUUGUUGACGUUUACUUGGCAUCAUAAAAAUAACGUGGAUUACAAAGGCAGUUGGAAUAACUAUAUUCUUCAAAGAUGAUGUGCGAGGUGAUGCCCACCAUCAGUGAGGCCGAAGGGCCUGGCGGGGGAGGCGGCAAUGGUCGUCGAGGCUCUGGCUCCCCACUGCAGUCGGACUCAGAAGGUCACUUUGAGUCGCUGAUGGUGUCCAUGCUGGAGGAGAGGGAUCGUCUUCUUGAUACUCUGAGAGAGACACAGGAGAAUCUGGGCUUGACUCAGGGCAAACUGCACGAAGUUAGCCACGAAAGGGACUCACUGCAGCGUCAACUCAACACCGCUUUGCCACAGGAAUUUGCUGCACUAACAAAAGAGGUGAACGUGUGCCGGGAGCAGCUUCUGGAGAAGGAGGAGGAGAUUGCAGAGCUGAAGGCGGAGAGAAACAACACACGGCUCCUGUUGGAGCACUUGGAGUGCCUGGUGUCUCGCCAUGAGCGCAGUCUGAGGAUGACGGUGGUGAAGAGACAGGCUCAGUCUCCAGCAGGAGUUUCGAGUGAAGUUGAAGUCCUCAAAGCCCUUAAGUCACUUUUCGAACACCACAAAGCCCUUGAUGAGAAGGUAAGAGAGCGACUACGUGUUGCCUUGGAAAGAUGCAGCGUGUUGGAGGAGCAGCUCACCCUCACGCACAAAGAAUUGGCUUACCUCAGGGAGCAGAGCAGCCAGAAGAGAGGGCUGGCAGAUGGAACCAGCGAGGUCAACCACAACUCUGAAAACACACCAAGCACUAAUGGCAAGCGGUCAUCGGAUGGUUCGCUGAGUCAGGAGGAGGAGUUGGGUCAUGGGUUCGUAAAGGUCGGUGAGCUCCAGGAUGUGGUGGACCGUCAAACAGCUGAUCUGGGCCAGAUGAAGGAGCGCAUGGUUGCUAUGGUUUCACGCAUCAAUGAGCUGGAGGAGGACCUGGACACGGCCCGAAAGGACCUCAUCAAGUCCGAAGACAUGAACACGCGGCUACAGAGAGACCUGAGAGAGUCAAUGGCUCAGAAGGAAGACAUGGAGGAGAGGAUCACCACUCUGGAGAAGCGCUACCUGGCAGCCCAGCGGGAGGCGACCUCCGUCCACGACCUCAACGACAAGCUGGAGAAUGAAGUGGCCAACAAGGACUCCCUCUUCAGACAGACGGAGGACAGAAACCGGCAACUCCAAGAGAAGCUGGAGCUGGCUGAGCAGAAGCUGCAGCAGACCAUUCGCAAGGCCGAGACUCUGCCGGAGGUGGAGGCAGAGCUUGCUCAGAGGGUAGCUGCUCUCACGAAGGCAGAGGAACGACAUGGCAAUGUGGAGGAGAGGCUGAGGCAGCUGGAGGCCCAGCUGGAGGAGAAGAACCAGGAACUGCUUCGGGCACGGCAGAGAGAAAAGAUGAACGAGGAGCACAACAAGCGUCUGUCGGAGACGGUCGACAAACUCCUUUCAGAGUCCAACGAGAGACUCCAGCUUCACCUCAAGGAGAGGAUGUCUGCGCUGGAGGAUAAGAAUUCCCUGAUCAGAGAACUGGAGCACACCAAGAAGUUGAUUGAGGAGUCUCACCAUGAGAAGGAGCAACUUCUGAUCCAGAUUGAGACCAUGAGAGCCGAGAACGAGCAGGGGAGGAGCAGGAGCAACUCGUUACUACAUGGACGGUCUCAGAUGGGCAGCACUCCAGAUUUCAGGUAUCCAGUGUCGGCUUCCUCAAUGAUGGACAGCAACUCGGACCAUUACGGCAGCGCUCUUGUGCUGAGGCGGCCUCAGAAGGGACGGAUGGCAGCGCUCCGUGACGAGCCGUCCAAGCGACAUGUGCAGACUUUGAAUGAGCAGGAGUGGGAGCGCAUGCAGCAGGCCAACGUGCUGGCUAAUGUGGCCCAGGCCUUUGAGAGUGACAUGGACGCCUCAGACCUGGAGGAGGAUCGAGAGACGAUGUUCAGCUCGGUGGACCUGCUGUCCCCUGGUGGCCAGGCGGACGCACAGACCCUCGCCUUAAUGCUGCAGGAGCAGCUGGACGCCAUCAACAAUGAAAUUAGAAUGAUCCAGGAGGAGAAGGAGAACACAGCCACCCGGGCAGAGGAGAUCGAGUGCAGGGUGGGCAGCGGCGAUAGCCUGGGAGGACGUUUCCGCUCCAUGAGCUCCAUCCCCCCGUCACUGUGUGCGGGCUCCUCGUUGGGCGGCUCUCCCCCGGGCUCGGGCCACUCCACCCCCAGACGCAUCCCCCGCAGCCCCAACAGAGAACUGGACCGCAUGGGUGUCAUGACCUUGCCUAGUGACCUGCGCAAGCACCGCAGGAAGUCUGCUCAGGAUGACAAGGCCACUAUCCGAUGUGAGACAUCCCCCCCCACCACCCCGCGCUCCAUGCGCCUCAGCAGGGAGUCGGGGCACACGGCCAGCCAUGAGGACCUACGAGACAUCCGAGGCCUGGCUGGCCUGCAGGACGGCCAGGGCAGUAACCCCAGCAGUAGUAACAGCAGCCAGGACUCGCUCAACAAAGCAGCCAAGAAGAAGAGCAUCAAGUCUUCCAUUGGACGCCUCUUUGGGAAGAAGGAGAAGGGCCGACCCAGCGUUCCCGGCAAAGACUCCCCCAGCCAAGCUGGAACUCCUGAGGCGGACGGCUCUCCUAAAGAUGGGUUAGGACUGGGCACCCUGGGAGGCCCCGCAGAGAAGAACAGGAAGCUGCAGAAGAAGCACGAGUUACUGGAGGAGGCUCGCAUGCAGGGUCUGCCAUUCGCCCAGUGGGACGGACCAACUGUUGUGGUUUGGCUGGAGCUGUGGGUGGGCAUGCCUGCCUGGUACGUGGCUGCGUGCCGUGCCAAUGUGAAGAGUGGAGCCAUCAUGUCGGCGCUCUCAGACACAGAGAUCCAAAGAGAGAUCGGUAUCAGCAACCCGCUACAUCGUCUGAAGCUUCGCCUGGCCAUCCAGGAAAUCAUGUCUCUCACCAGCCCUUCAGCGCCGCCAACCUCGAGAACGACCACAGGAAACGUUUGGGUCACACAUGAAGAAAUGGAAAGUUUGGCAGCCACACCUCCCACGGAGGAUGACGAGGGUAGCUGGGCCCAGACGUUGGCGUACGGAGACAUGAACCACGAGUGGAUCGGUAAUGAGUGGCUGCCCAGCCUGGGUUUGCCGCAGUAUCGCUCGUACUUCAUGGAGUCCCUGGUGGACGCCCGCAUGCUCGACCACCUCACCAAGAAGGACCUCAGAGGACAGCUGAAGAUGGUGGACAGCUUCCACAGGAACAGCUUUCAGUGUGGCGUGAUGUCUCUGCGGAGGCUCAACUACGACAGGAAGGAGCUGGAGAGGAGAAGAGAAGAGACUCAGGCGGAGCUUCAAGAGGUGAUGGUGUGGAGUAAUGAGCGUUUGAUCGGCUGGAUUCAGGCCAUCGGGCUGAAGGAGUACAGUGGCAACCUGCAUGAGAGCGGCGUGCAUGGAGCGCUGCUCGCCCUGGACGAAACCUUCGAUCACAACACCCUGGCCCUGCUGCUGCAAAUCCCCACGCAGAACACGCAGGCCAGAGCCACUCUUGAGCAUGAAUACAACAGCCUGCUGUCCAUCGGCACAGACAGAACAAUGGAGGAGGAUGACGAUAAGAACUUCCGCCGAGCUCCCUCAUGGAGAAAGAAGUUCCGGCCCAAAGACAUGAGGGGGAUGUCCUUGGGGGCGUCGGACACCCUGCCCGCCAACUUCCGAGUGACGGGUAGCAACGCGGCGUCUCCCUCCAUGCAGCCAAAGAGGAGCCCGAUGGAAGGAAGUCAGUCUAUACAGAGGCUGGACACGGCCACAGUCCGGACCUACUCUUGUUAACAUACAACGUUUAUCCUCAUUAUUUCUAUAGGUAACCGCUGGUCAGAAGACGACGGGGAAUUCCCUGCGUUCAAGACCAGGAUGAUGAACUGAAAUGACAAGGACUCAAAAUAUUAUAGUUUUGUUGUCGUCGGAGAAAGACCGUACUCAGUAUCCCUAGAGGAAACCUUUUAGAUUUAUCUACAUGUGUUAUUAUAUUUAUGUAAACCAAUGGGACAUUUAAUUGAUUUUAGAAUUACUAUGUAAUCCUUUUUUGCCUCUAUCCCCGUAAUCAACCCACUUUUUAAAAAAGAUAUUAUCCACUGUGCCGUAUUAAGCUCCGCUCUCAGAUGUGUGUAACUGAAUGUUUCCAUUGUCUGGAGUUUGUAUAUUUCUACCAACAGACAUUUUAUCUAAUCUUUUUUAUAAUCCUGAUUCUAUUGACCAGAUGUUUGUUUUCUUCUCUUUGAUUUGAAUUCUAAUCAUUGAAUUUUAAGUGACUUUGAUAUGUGAUACAACUUAAUUCAUAUCCUUGCCCUUUGUAAUGGUUGUAAUGUGUGUAGCUUCCUGCCUGGGGUGUACAUGCAACUCAACGGAUGUGAAUAUCAGACGCAUUGCUGGAGACUGUUUCACAAACACUCAACACUGAGCCGUUAAAAUAACUGCUGGCAAGCCAGGUGACGGUGACGACACGUAUCAUGUGAAACACAAAGUUUAUUUUCCAUAUCUGCAAAACCAAAAUGAAACUCUUGAAUUGUAAGAAUAAAGCCAUACAACGGUAGCGAAACACAAACACAGAGGGCUUCUCUCGGAUGCAAGUGAAAACAGAAUUCCUGGUUCUCUAGUUGCAUGCAGAAACUUCUCCACUUCUCCUCAGCCUGACACGCCCUGCGCCUCUUUAAUAAAGCCCCCCCCCUCACCUCUGGAGAAACACAGACAGGCUCACGUGUGCAGGAGGACUUGAGUCGUACGGCUGAGUCGAACGUGUGGAAACUUCCUUCGAUGGACCAACUUCACUGAGGCCUCAGUCAAAACCUUUUUUUAAAAACACUUUGUACGAAGAUUUCAUAUCGAGCCUUAUUGUUUCUUAACUCCCGUCUGUCGUCUGUUAUUUAUUAUUACUCGCCCACGCUGUGUUUCGUCAGUUCCACUCCCCGAGCUGAAGCCCGGUUUGCUCCUGUGACUGUAGCGCUGCUCCUCGUGUGGCUCCUCGUGUGGCUCCUCGUGUCGCUCCCACAGGUUCCACAGAAAGGGGAAGUUGUCCGUCAGCCUUCAUGUAGUCGAAGCUUUCUGUUUGUGAUUUAGUCAUGCACAAAUCAUGUUGCUGUUUUCUUCCUGCUCUUCCCUUUGAAUCUUCUGAACUUGUAACAAUGAUGUACAGUCUGAGUACUUAUAAACUAUUUUUAUCACAAUAUUAUUUAUUGCUUACUUUCAAUAAAAUACUGAAACUCA